AUGCCAACCAGUCUCAUCAAUCGGUCCACCUGUCCUUUGGAGCAAAACUGUACUUCUGUCUACGGUGAUGGCGUCUGCCAGCCGGAAUGUAACAUCCCUGUUUGCGGAUUUGACGGCGGCGACUGUUUGGCCAAGAUUGAUUCCUAUUCUUCCCAAGUUGACAAUAUUCGGACGGGUUACAUAGGCCUCAUUAUUGACACCGAUAGAUCCACCUAUUCAACGCUAGAACGGACAAUUUUAGCUCACAUAGCGGAUCUUCUUCGUGCUGUUGUUCGUCCUACUAUUGAUGAAGAAAAUCAUCAACCCAUCAUUUUUGAAGUGGAUGGCGGUAGACGUAUCCAAGUCACUUUUCUGAUCGAUCUCUUACCCGAAGGCUUUCAAGCCAGUCCUGGGGAGAUCUACGAAUCAAUUCAUCAGGCGGCACUCACUUUGAAGGCUGCGUUGGACACUAAGUCGGUCGACUUGCCCCUUCCUGUUGCUCAGCUGUGGGUAGCAAACGAUCCCUAUGCUCCACCACCAAGAGAGACUACUCCAGCCACUCCUGGUGGUCUACCCUUUCUUAGAUCAAAGGAUGCUAUUGGUCUCUACAUCGUUCUCUGUGUCCUCUCUGGAGGUGAGUCAAUUCGAAAAUUGAUUGGCUAG